CAUGAUGUGAGGGGUGGGGGGUGGGGGGAAGGGACACUAAACUAAAAACAAAGUGUAAUAGAAAAUUCUUAGGAUAGAGAUCUGAGAGACAGAGAAACAAAACAGAGUGAGCGGUUUUCGGGAUUUGGUAACGGCGAUUCAAGUUAUACUGUGAGGUGUUUGUUGGAGAGCGAAAGAAGGGGGAUGCAAAAUAAAACAUCAGCUUCACUCUUACAUUACACCUGCUUCGCCAACAAAGGUUAAGCGGUAUUUGGAGACCAGACAAAAGUAGAAGGCGGUUUCGUAACAGAAACAGAGCAGGCCAAAGUUUAUUAAAAGAGGGGAAAAAGAAAAGAUUUUAAUCUUCCUAGUCGUUACACAGAAACUACCAACAAUAAGUUCAUGCUCUGCUUUUUCCUUUUAGCUAUAGUGUUUCUUCUUUAGUGAUUUGCUUUCUGUGUAUCGUCGGUACGUCGUAGUUUUGAUGGCUAAUGUACAAGUUAAUCCAAGGGGUUCUUCUAUUGCUCACUCGGAGUCAGGUUCGAGUGAUGAUGAUCUAUACGCAGAGCUAUGGAAGUUAUGCGCAGGCCCGUUGGUGGAGAUUCCUCGGAAUCACGAGAGAGUGUUUUACUUCCCUCAGGGUCACAUGGAACAAUUAGAAGCAUCCACUAAUCAGGAACUUAAUAAUCAAGCCCCACUGUUCAAUCUUCCUUCUAAGAUCCUAUGUCGUGUUAUUCAUGUCCAGUUACUGGCAGAACUAGAGACUGAUGACGUUUAUGCUCAGAUCACUUUGCAGCCUGAAGCAGAUCAAAGUGAACCUACAAGUCCUGAUCCUUGCCCAGCUGAGGCUCCAAAGAGGACAGUUAAUUCGUUUUGUAAGAUUUUAACAGCAUCAGAUACGAGCACUCAUGGAGGGUUCUCCGUUCUUCGAAAGCAUGCUACUGAGUGCCUGCCUCCUUUGGAUAUGAAUCAGGCAACCCCUACACAGGAGUUGGCUGCUAAAGAUCUUCAUGGAUAUGAAUGGCGGUUCAAGCAUAUAUUUAGAGGACAACCACGGAGACAUUUGCUUACAACAGGGUGGAGCACCUUUGUCACUUCCAAGAGAUUGGUUGCGGGAGAUGCAUUUGUGUUUCUCAGAGGUGAUAAUGGAGAACUUAGAGUUGGGGCUCGACGGCUUGCUCGCCAACAGACCACCAUGCCUUCAUCUGUGAUUUCCAGCCAGAGCAUGCAUUUAGGAGUGCUUGCUACUGCUGCUCAUGCUGUUACAACGCAGACCCUCUUUGUUGUGUACUACAAGCCAAGGACGAGCCAAUUCAUAAUAGGUGUUAAUAAGUAUUUGGAGGCCAUUAAAAAUGGAUUCUCAGUUGGUAUGCGUUUUAAGAUGAGAUUUGAGGGAGAAGACACUCCUGAUAGAAGGUUCACGGGUACCAUAGUUGGGGUAGGAGAUUUUUCCCCACAUUGGUCGGAAUCUAAAUGGCGAACCUUGAAGAUUCAAUGGGAUGAACCUGCAACAAUACAAAGGCCAGAGAGAGUUUCACCAUGGGAAAUAGAGCCAUUUGCGCCUUCUGCUUCCAUAAAUCUUGUUCAACCAGCUGUAAAGAACAAAAGGCCACGGCCUGUUGAUAUUCCAGUUUCUGAAAUUACUACAAAUUCAGCUGGUUCAACCUUCUGGGGUCGUGGUUCAACCCAAUCUCAUGAACUAACUCAAGUAGGAAGCACACCUGAAAUCCAAAGCAGUGAAAGCCAAGUUAUGUGGGGUAUGAGGCAGAAAGAAGCUGAUUACAGUCGAGGUUAUAAUUCGAACGCCUGGCCACAUUCUCCUCUUGUGAAUGUCUCUUUAAACCUUUUUCCUAAUUCAGUGAGUGACAAAAACAGAACUGAAAAACCACAAACCACUCUCACUGGUUAUGCCUUGCCUUCUCUAUCGAGGCCAAGUAAGGGCCUGAUGCAUGACCAAGUUGAGAAAGGGAAAAAAUCUGAGACUUCCACAGGUUGCCGGUUGUUUGGGUUUAAUUUGACAGACACCAUUAGUGCAGUUAUCCCCACUGACAAGGAACAAACGAACACAACGGUUGAUCACAAUGGUGUUUGGGGGUCUCUUGCAGCUGCGUCUCAUAUUGAUCAGAAUCCAGAAACAGCUAAACAGAAGCAUGUUGCAGCAGAGGCCUCGUCCAAGGAGAUGCAGGCUAAGCAGGGUGCAUCCACCACUUCAACCAGAAGUCGUACUAAGGUACAAAUGCAAGGGAUUGCGGUUGGUCGUGCUGUGGACUUAACUGUGUUGAAAGGAUAUGAUGAUCUCAUUAAUGAAGUGGAGAAAAUGUUUGAUAUCAAGGGAGAGCUUCGCCCCAGUGGUAAAUGGUCCGUUGUUUUCACUGAUGAUGAGGGUGAUAUGAUGCUUGUUGGCGAUGAUCCAUGGAUGGAUUUUUGCAAGAUGGUGAGAAAGAUCUUCAUAUAUUCAAGCGAAGAGGUGAAGAAGAUUAGUCCAAGAUGCAAAUUUGCAGUGUCGUCUUUGGAGGGUGAAGGGACUGCUGUAACCAUUGAUUCAGAGCAUAAAUCUGAAACAUGAAAUAAUAAAGUUUGAAGACCCUUCUUAUUUACGUUACAUAUAUAUAUUGUUUUAUUUUGGUUUUCCUUGGUAGAUUAUACUCUGAUUAGAACAGUGAAUGAAAUGCUGCAUUGAAGAAAAAGUACACAGUUGAUGCAUGGUAAAAGAAUAGGAACUAGGAACACUUGUAGAUUUAGAAAAAGGAAGGAUUGUCCAUGUGAAUAGCUUUGCUUUAGUGAGUGGUUCAGCGAAUAAUCAAUCAGACUGUAAAAAACAUAUGUAUAAAUGUUUUGCAUUUAAUUUGAACUUA